CAUCCCAUGAGAUCUGAGCACAACCUUACUCCAGAGCAGCUGUGGACAAUGGGUUUGCAAAGAAUUGCCACUUCUAAUAAUCACAUUGCAAGUGAAGUCUUUGAGGAUGGAGAUCAGCAAUUUGGUAUUGACUGGGGAGGACCUGUGUCUCAUGAAGACACUUAUGAAGUGGUUCACGUGCCUGAGACGCCUACUUCUCUUAGCAUUACUGAUAUAGAAGAACUUCAAGCAACUGUUUCACCUCUGGAACCUAGUAUACAUUAUGGUAUAGAUUUGUAUGAAAGGGCAUUACUAUUUGUAUCUCAGAAAGUUGGUUGUGUAGUUUAGAAUGUUGCAUAUUAUUUGUUGUUGCCUGUGUUUUAUAAACCAAGAUAUGAAUGUUACAAAUGGCACUGUACAAUAAA